GAGCAGUUUCAGAAAAUUCGUGAAACACAUGACAUUUAAAUUUCCAAACAAAAUAUUUUUGGAAGUUUGUUCAUUGGAUUCCUUACAGACUGAUUAUUUGACUGAGAAAUGGAUGGUUUAUGACAAGGAAUAUCUGAACAAAAAUCUUUAAAUUUGAAAUAGUGAGUACACAAAUGUAAAUUAGUUUAUAAAAUGUGUAAAAAUGAAGGAAGCCUUUAUAUCUAAACAUUGCAUUUCUCUUCCCAAGAUAAUCAGAAAAAUAUUUCAGCUUAAACUAUGAUUUGGCUCCAUCAAGGACUAGCAUGAAAAUAUGUUUCUUCUUUAUCUGCAAUGUUAAUUAUCUUUAGAAAUCAUAUAAUGCUAAUUACUCUCUUUGAAAUGCAGCAUGGGGACAUUAUGUCAAUUCUUAUUUUCUCUUCCUAUAGCAUCCUAAAUUUGUCACAGCUGAGAUCAUACAUAUAUCACACUUGCCUGUAGAGGGACUCAGAAUUUUUUCAGCGAGUUCUAAUCUUAUGUGACCAAGUAUAGUCAUACCAGCCACAGGAUGCAUUAUCCCAUGUUUCUGUCAUUCACAUAGUCCUAACAACCCACACCUUGAUUCUGUUAUGAAAUCAGUCUACCCUCAGAGUUCAAUUAUCAUCAAUCUGCUAGAAAGUACUCUUUCUAGUACUGGUAGCAGGCACAUCAAGAUAUUGAGCAUCUACCUCACUGGGAUUCCAAAAUUCCCAUGACCUAAAAGUUCCCAUUUUGUGGACAAUCAUUAUUCCUAGUAUCUGUAUCUGUCAGGAUUGACUGGUUCUGAUUAGUUGAUGCAUAAAUGCUGAGCUAAAUCCAUACAGCUAAUGAAGUCUCUGGAUUUUGAGGCCACUUCUAAUCAAGGUUGGAUACACAUUACUCAAUUAUUAAUGUGGCAUUUAAUUCAUCAAAAAAUGAAUCAGAAUCAGUGUUAAGCACUACGAAUAAUGCAGUGGCAGACAGACAUGGAUGCUAACACCUAUAUAUACUUCUCAUGUGACCUUGGGCAGGUUACAUACCACCUCUGUACCUCAAUUUCCUCAGCUGCAAAGUGAGUCUCUUAAUAGGACCUACCAAGAACAUUUUGUGGCAGAGGGUCAAAGCUUCUCGAGAUCUUUGCUAUAAUAUUAAUGAUAAAAAUAAAAAUAAAACUGUAUAAUUUGUUAUAUAUAUUGUAUAGUUUGUUAUAUAUAUUGCUAUUAUUGCUGUUAUUACUUUUCUUCCAAUACACUUUCUUUCCCAAUCAGAACCUCAAAAACUAUAGUUUGAGAAAUAAACUAUAGUUUGAGAAACAAUGAAAUUACCAAAUAUUUAUUUUUGAAAGCCAAGUUUGAUGAAGGUUGUCAUGCAAUAAAUUGCUGGAAAAAUUAUUUAAUCAUAGAGGAAAUAAUAUGAUCUUUUUCAUUGUUUACAUGAUUGACUAUAUAUAAGGAGUCCAACUGGAACUUUUACACUGUGGCUUUGUUUCUUGAUGAGGGCUAGCAUUGUGCUUGUGUCACAUUUAGUCAAAGAGGAGUGAAUACGAUCAAUUUUCCAUAAAGGCAAAGGGAACUGAUUUCCAUGAAUCAAUUAAUAAAUGCAACAUUUUCUGUUUAACUUUUUACUUAGACAAAAACUUAUUUAGAAAAAGAUUGCCUUCCAAUUCAAAAAUAAGUUUUCCAAAAGCAAAAUUAUCCUGUAGAAUUUUAUAGACAAUAUGUUUUCAAAAAUACUAUGUACUUAAUAUCUUGUUUAAUCUUCCCAGUGAACUACUUCCCAAUGAAGUAUGCUAAGCAGUUUUAUCAUUGUUACUCAUUUUUAGGACUGUAAAAAACAAACAUCUAUGUGUUAAAUAACUAAUAAAAAGUAUACAGCAGGAAAUAAUCCAAGUUUGGAUUAAACUCCAAGUUUUUAAAGUAAUAAAACACAGAUAAUUUUUCGCUACUAAAUACAUUCUGAUAAGAGUUUGCGAUUCUGACAGUAACAAUUUUUUUCUUCUUGUUAAUGCAUGCCUUACUGUUCUUUGUGCAGAAUAAGAGCGCUAUAAAUGUAUUAGACAAUCAUAUCAGGAGAUGAUAUCCACUCUUAUUUUUACCUACAGAUCUGCAGAAUUCAGAGUUCAGUCAUGCCAAAUAAAACAACAAUUAGAGAAUUCAUUCUUCUGGGACUUACGGAUGACCCCGAGUUACAAGCUGUGAUAUUCUUCUUCAUGUUGUUCACCUAUUUAUUAAGUGGUGGAAACAUGACCAUCAUCAUGUUAACGCUAUCAAAUGUCUGUUUGAAGACGCCUAUGUAUUUCUUCCUCAGGAAUUUCUCUUUCUUAGAAAUUUCAUUCACUACGGUCUGUAUUCCUAGGUUUCUGAUCAGCAUUGCAACGGGAGACACAACCAUUUCCUAUAACGCUUGCAUGACACAAGUAUUUUUUUCAAUCCUUCUGGGUUCCACAGAGUUUUUUCUUCUGGCUGUGAUGUCCUAUGACCGCUAUGUGGCUAUCUGCAAACCUCUACACUACACAACCAUCAUGAGUCACAAAGUCUGCCACCAGCUUGUCAUCAGCUCCUGGCUGGCUGGUUUCCUCAUUAUCUUUCCCCCGGUGAUUAUGGGCCUCCAGCUGGAUUUCUGUGACUCCAACAUCAUUGACCAUUUCACUUGUGACUCUUCUCCUAUGCUACUGAUUGCUUGCACUGACACAAAGUUUCUAGAGUUUAUGGCAUUUUUCUUAGCAGUAUUUACACUCAUGGUAACUCUGGCCUUGGUGAUUCUCUCUUACACACUCAUCCUCAGAACAAUUCUCAAGAUCCCCUCUGGCCAGCAAAGGAAAAAGGCCUUUUCUACUUGCUCCUCCCAUAUGAUUGUGGUAUCCAUUUCUUAUGGGAGUUGCAUUUUUAUGUAUGUAAAAACAUCUGCAAAAGAAGGUGUCGCUUUGAGCAAAGGGGUGGCAGUACUUAAUACCUCUGUUGCUCCCAUGCUGAAUCCCUUUAUUUAUACCUUAAGGAACCAGCAGGUAAGACAGGCCCUUAAGGACAUCACCCAAAAGAUGUUAUUAUCAAACAAGCAUUAAUCACUAUGAAAUCUACAGCUGAAACCGCAAAUUAACCACACAUAAAUACCAAUUACUGUUCUAGGUGGUAGGUAUACAGAAGGGGAUAAAGCAUACAGAAAAAAAAUUCUUGCUAUUGUGGAGCUAGCUUACUUCUAGUGAGGGAUAAUACAUAUUAAGGUGUCAACCUCACAGAAAAUUAAAUUACCUAGUAUUUUAGUAAGUGAAAAUGCUAUGAACAAAACUGAAAUACUUUAAGGAAAGGAAGGUAGAAUUCACAUUAAAUAGGGUGGUCAACGAUUUCACAGGCAUUUUACACCUCUUUUUAAUUCCCUUUUUCUAUUUCCAAAGUAUUUCUCUGUAUUCAGUAAUUUUUUUUCCAAUAAUUUCCCCAGGUCCUUGUAUUCAUCUAUUUCACACUGUCAAACACAGGGAAAUGUGAAGUGUGACUGAGGUAAACAUUGGUCUUAAAUUUCAAAAGACAAGUGGAAAGUUCUAGAUAGCCUGUUCAAACCCCACAUGAAAAUAAAUGGUGCAAAAUGAAGUUCACAACAACCUCCCACUAAGGAAUGAAAUAAAACCUAAAUUCAAGGCUUAGAAACCCGUGCUUUAGGAUUAUUUCUACCAAAGGACUCUGCCCCAUCCCUCCUCUUAUUUCCUUAUUCUAUUGAGUCAGAUAGUCAGAAUCUGUAAAGAGAAAAAUAGCUGAUAAAUAAUUAUCUCCCAGUGAUAAUGGGUUAUUCAACCUGUCCAGGUUACGUUCCUCCAGCUCUGCUUCAUCAAAAAUAUUUAUCUACAUCUUCUCAGGUUACACAUUUUCUAUUGAACAGUAAACUUAAAUUGUGAUAGACUGCAGCAGUUUGGGAGGGUGAUUUCUCCCAAUGACUGAUACAAACAGAAAUUACUACUAAUUAUUAAUAAAACAAUUAAUGACUUACUAUCAGGAAUGACUGCUUUUACCCUACAUGCGGUGACAUUUUUUUUGACAUAUCACAUUAUCAGAAAGUUUUAGCAUUAAAUAGACAGAGGUGGAUAGUCAUAAAACUCAGUUCAUGAAAUUACUGAAAAUCAGUGCAGAGUGUUUACACACUUAUUUAAACACAUAUAGGGGUAAGAGAACCCAAUUUCAUGGGUACUCAAAUAAGAAGGGAAAUUCAAAGACAAUUCACACAGCUUUGCUGUUUUCAAACAAUCAUGCUAUUUAAUUAGGAGGAAUGAAAAUAUAGUAAUUAGGAGUUCCCACUGUAGCUCAGCGGUAAGGAACCCAACUAGCAUCCAUGAGGACUCAGGUUCAAUC